GAGAGAGGAGAUGUGGGAAGGACACUAUGCUACAGUAGCGCACUGGGUUGCUGCUGUUUAGAGAGGAGCAGCCCAGACUCCACGGUGGUAGCGGAUGAUGCAGAGACAGAUAGAGAACGAGAGAGGUGCGCAGUAGCUUCUCACUUCUCAUUGGAGACGUUUUCCAGUCGCUUAGGAAUGUUUUCACGUUUUGCACUAAAGGAAGUUUUCUGAAACAGGAAAAACUAUGGCUAGUCCAACCUAUCCCCUAUGACUUGAUUGGGGGGAAGUGAGUGGAGUAAGCCGUGCCUCUGAGCGGUGCGGUGUUGCGUUAGGGGUGACGUUCCGUUGGGAAGAGGCUGAAACGGUAUCAGGGUGAGAAGAGAUUAUCCGUGACAGCAAAUACAAGAUUUCCAUUGGGCUCGAACUCCUCUCUCUCUUUUCUGACAAACCAUCACUCACCGACCAACCGUCACCGUUAGAAGAUGUCCUGCGCUUCAUAAACGAACGAAUGUCCUCAGUGCCUCCGUUGUAGGCUGGCUAUACUGUAGCCUACCUGACGACAAGGCUGCAUGUUUUGGAUAUUUGGAUAGGAUAAACAGCGUAGUCAUUUUUUGGAUUGAAAUUACCAACGGAAAAUUAAUCCAUAAAUGCUGGACGACCUAUGUUAAUAGUGGACAACUGAAGGGAUUGAUAGCCUACAACGCAUUAUAGUCUAGGGUCCCUCCCAGCCUUUCCAGGUGUUGUGUGGUGGUCUAGAAUGUAGGGAUGAUCCCUGUGGGGCGACUGAAGGCUCAGCCACAGCUGUGGCAGAUAGAGAGAGAUGCCUCUCCAUGGCUGUGGAUGCUCCCUCGCCCUGGUCCUGCUGCUGCCUCGGGGCUCUGCCGGCUGGGUGCCACUACCGCCCCUGUUGCCGCGCCACACCAUCACCACCCCUUCCUGCUCUCCCAUCACCACCCUCCUCCGUUGCUCCAAGCCGUCUCCAGCUGGCAGCUUUCCUGUGAUCCCUUCCUGCCUCUGGCCAGGAUACCGACACACACAGCAGCAGCUAACCCUGGCAUCAGUCAGUUUCCCCUACAGAACGUGCAGUGGGAGCUGCCAUCUCCCCACCACGUGCUGGGAUUUCAGCCUUCUGCCAACCUGGAGCUGGUCCCUGUAUUCCCGCAUGUGUACCGCUCAGUGCUGCCUCCUCACUGUGGCAAAGGAUGGGUGGAGAAACGGGUCCCCGACUACAAGACGUACUUGAACAACACUCUAACUCUGGAGAACACCUGGCUUACUCCGGAGGAAAUAGGAAUUUUCCAGCGGCAUGAAAAACCAUUGUUGAUGACAAAUCAAAUGGCAAUGAGCAUUUCUAGGCCAGCUACUGCCUCCAGGAGUCUCAACUCUCUCCUCAUGUCACCCAGACCUGCUGCCUCCAGGACUCUCCACUCUCUCCUCAUGUCACCCAGACGUAUAUCAGGUUGUCCUGUGGCUAUCAAGAGAGUGGGCAGGAACAAGAGGAUCUCUCUGGCAGCUGCCGCCAUGACAGCCAUGGAAUCAGACCCCUCCAGACUCCCAGGGCCUUCGCCCUCCUCCUGCUCUCCCUCGUUCAUUCAUCCCCUCCGCCUGUUCCAACUGUCACCUAUCAAGAUCCCCUUUCACCUGUCUCCACCUGGCCCAGGAUCCACUGCCACCUGGGAGGGCCUGAUGGGACCCAUGCUGCCAGCCCAGUUUGCCCGGAUGACAUCACUGUCAGCGCCAGGUGUUGCUCUCAUGACUGGAGACUGGAGACCCCACUCAACAUCAGAUAAGCGUUUGGCCAGGAGAAAAGCGUCAUGCGCUGCGACGUUGCUGCUGCAUACAGAGCAGAAGACAACCCAGGAGAAACAUACAGAGCAGGAGAUGGUAGAGGUCCCUAUGGAGGAGGAGGACGUUGACCCUAAAGACAAGCGUCCUGUAGCUUCCACCCCUGUUCCCGGAUCUCCAUGGUGUGUGGUGUGGACGGGGGACGACAGAGUAUUUUUCUUCAACCCAACGAUACAACUCUCUGUUUGGGAUCAGCCAGUAGAUCUGAAGGACCGUGGAGAGGAUCUCAACAGGAUUAUAGAAGAUCCUCCACAUAAACGCAAAAAGGAUUCUUUGUCCACAGAGGAUGGUUCUAACUCUCCAUCUGCUGAUGACGAUGAUGCUGAUGAUGAAGAUGAACAUUAUUUAAAAACCAAGAGGAACAAACUGGAGGAACCUGCGGAUGGUAAUGAGGACCUGAGAGAGAGGGCAGGCGCAGAGACAUGUGACACUCCUCCCAAUAGGACUGUUCUACCCUUAGGACUACGCAUCACACACUUCAGGGACAUGCUCCUUGAGAGAGGGGUUUCAGCGUUUUCUACAUGGGAGAAAGAACUGCACAAGAUUGUGUUUGAUCCACGGUAUCUUCUGCUAAACUCUGCAGAGGAGAGGAAACAGGUGUUUGACCAGUUUGUCAAAGUGAGGAUGAAGGAAGAACACAAGGAGAAACAGAGCAAACUGCUGCAAGCAAAAGACCAGUAUAGAAAACUGCUAGAGGAGUCAAAAAUCACAUCCAGGUCAACUUUCAAAGAGUUUUCUGAUAAGUACGGUCAUGACCAGCGCUUCAAGCAAGUUCUGAAGAAGAAAGACCAAGAGCUCUUCUUCAACCAGUUCAUCAAUGCGCUAAAGAAGAGAGAUAAAGAGAACCGCAUGAGGCUGAGGAAGAUGAGAUGAGGUAUGAGGCUGAGGAAGAUGAGAUGAGGAAGCAUGAGGCUGAGGAAGAUGAGAAGAGGAGGUAUGAGGCUGAGGAAGAUGAGAUGAGGAAGAUAAGAUGAGGAAGCAUGAGGCUGAGGAAGAUGAGAUGAGGAAGUAUGAGGCUGAGGAAGAUGAGUUGAGGAGGUAUGAGGCUGAGGAA